AUGGAUCCGAGCACAAAAAACCGCAUUCAAAAAGAGCUUAAAGAUAUUAAAAAGGACCGUAACCCUUUGUACAAAGCAGUAGAUACAGUAAAAGAUAACAUUUAUCAUUGGCAUGCCACAAUUAUGGGACCUCCUGAGAGCCCAUAUGAAGGAGGUUUUUUUAAGCUUGAUAUUGAAUUUCCCUCUAGUUAUCCAUUUCAGCCCCCAAAGGUGAAGUUUAUUACCAAAGUGUACCACCCAAAUAUCAAUAGCAAUGGAAGCAUUUGCCUCAACGUCCUAAAAAACGAAUGGACCCCUGCCCUUACCAUCCCUAAGGUGUUGAUCUCAAUCAUGUCCUUGCUGACUAUACCUAACCCUGACGACCCUCUCGACAAGGAUGUCGCCCACGUCUACAAGACGGAUCUACAGGCCUACAACGCCACUGCAAGGGCAUGGACUCUCUGGCAUGCGCAAAACAAAUAA